AUGACGGCCACCUCUGCCACCACCACCGCCACAGCUACCACAGCAGCACCCCUCUCCGCAGCGGCAACCGAAAAGUCUCACUCCCGCACCCCGCGCACCUUGACCCGAGCCCAGCUUGCCCAGCGCAUCGCAAAUGGAGAGACGCUCGUCCUCCACCGCCGCAAGAUCUACAAGCUCGACAGCUGGCUCGAGCGCCAUCCGGGCGGAGAGCUCGCCAUCCUCCACUUUGUCGGCAGGGACGCAUCCGACGAGAUCGAGGCUUACCACUCCCAGCACACCCUCGACAAGCUCAUGAGCCGCUUCGUCAUUGGCUACCUCGACCACGACGAGUGGAACUCCUACCGACCCCUCGUGCCCCCCGUCCAGCUUGGCUACCGAAAGGGCAAGCUCGACCACCCGCAUGCUCAGAUCACAAUGUGGCACGGCAAGGAGUCCCGCGACCCGGACUCGGACGAGGUCGAAGUGAUGCUCGGGGCGCGGACGCGCGGCGGCCACCAGCAGCCGGCCAAGCAGCCAGUCGCGAGUGCCUCUGCACCGCAGCCUCGGCACAUCUCGAGACCUCAGACCUUUCCGCUGCCCGUCGAGAUUCUCGAACCGCCACCGGACCCGCCCUCGAUUGACGCCGCCCGCGAGCGCGCCAUCUCGGCGGCCUACAAGGAGAUGCACCAGCAGGUCAAGGCGGCCGGCCUCUACGACCUGCGCCCCUCGGGCUACGCCCGCGAGUGCCUUCGGUACGCCGCCCUCGGCGCCGCCGCAUGGUGGUUCCUCGGCCGGGGUCAUGCCCAGCUAGCCGUGGAGCGAGCGGCUCAGCAGACUGGCCAGGCCGCCGCAACCACGCUGCUCGGCAUGUCGGCCUCGACGGUGUCGUACCUGCUCUCGUCCGUCUUCCUCGGCCUCUUUUGGCACCAGCUCACCUUUACCGCCCACGACUCGGGCCACAGCGGCAUCACGCACUCGCACACCGUCGACCGGCUGAUUGGCACCGUCAUUGCCGACUUUAUCGGCGGCCUCAGCAUCGGCUGGUGGUGCAACAACCACGACGUCCACCACCUCGUCACCAACCACCCGGAGCACGACCCGGACAUCCAGCACAUGCCCUUCUUCGCCAUCUCGCCCCAGUUUGUCCUGGCCGGUCAGACGGCCUACGUCACCGACGGCGACGGCGACGGCAAGGCGGCACGCGUCGGCGCACCGGCCGAGCCGGCGACGACGCGCCCGCUGGGCCUGUGGUCGUCGUACUACCGGCGCGUGCUCGAGUUUGACGCUGCGGCGCGCUUCUUUCUGCGCUUCCAGCACCAGCUCUACUACGUCGUCAUGUCGCUGGGGCGGUUCAACCUGUACGCCAACUCGUACGGCUACCUGGCGCUGCACGCGCGGCGCGACGGGUGGAUGUUGCUCGAGGUGUCGGGCAUCCUGGCCUUUUGGACGUGGUACGGCGCGCUGGUAGUGGGCAGUCUACCGACGUGGGGCCACGUGGCGGCCUACGUCGUGGUGAGCCACGUCGUCACGUCGCCGCUGCACGUGCAGAUUGUGCUGUCGCACUUUGCGCAGUCGUCUGCGGACCUCGGGCUGAGCGAGAGCUUUGCAUCGCGCCAGAUCCGCACCACGAUGGACGUCUCGUGCCCGCCCUGGCUCGACUUUGUCCACGGCGGACUGCACAUGCAGGUCUCGCACCACCUCUUUCCGCGCGUGCCGCGCCACAAUCUGCGUCGGCUUCGCGAUCAGUUCGUCCGUCCCUUUUGCCGAGACCAUGGAUUGAGGUACGAGGAGUAUGCCUUUGUAGAGGGAAACGGGCGCGUGCUCGAUACCCUUCGCUGCGUCGCGGGACAGGUCGAGGUGCUCGCCAAGGUGGCACGAGCCCAGGCAAAGGGCGAGCUGCACCACUAA